AUGAGUCCACCAAUCAAACUCCGUCGGCAACGCUCUCGAAAGCAAAACUGGAAGCAACAUGUCGAUUCCACAUCACCCAGCAAUAUUUCGACUCAAAGGAACUCGAUCAACAUCUCGGAAUCCGAGCUUUUCAAAUUGGUCUGCAGCUACGAGGGCUUUUCAAGCUCCAUAGCGCCAGACAUCACGGUGCGAGAGGGCUUGCACAAUCUGGAAGACGUGACUGCCUACGGGGUGUCCGAAGAAAAACAAAAGGAGCUCUGGAAAAUGGAGAUUGCGAGACUUUCGUCGUCACUUCAAAUUCCAGAUGGGUCAGCCUCGUUUGAGGGAACCAACGAACUCGAUCAGGACACCAAGGACGCGUACGAGAUCUUGGCUCACCUCGCCGACCAAAUGUGGAUCGCCCUCAACAUCGCCGUGCUCGACUGUCAGUCAUUACUUUGCAGCCAUUUCCCGGCUUUCGCCGAAGAAAGCCAACUCCGCAGGAGUCAAGGGAUUCUUGAACAAUUCACAGAGGAUGAUGAUAGUGAUGAGGAAGAGGAGUCCCCGCAGGCAAAUGAUCCAAAGGACACACCCAGGGGUAGCCGCGAAGACUACUUCAAGCUGGUCGACUACAUCACCGCAACUAUGGCCAGGACACUCUGCACAGCUGCCAGUGGGGAGGAAUGGCAUUACAACAUUUUGUCCACCCUUGUCAAGCUAUCCACUAAGCUUAAAGUUGUGUCCUUCCAUCUGGAAGAUUCAGCAUCCAGCGCGCUGGAGAGCAGCAGGACAAAAAAGCCUAUUCGUCCGGUACCAGGGCCAGCCGGAGGUCGUGGUGCAGCUGCCGGGAUAAGCAUGGGACGAAACGGGGGAGGGGACUCUCUGGACCUUCUGGGGGCGAUGCUCGACAGCGCGCUUCAGCAAGAAAGCGGAGGAGAUGAUAAGCCCUAUUCAGGCCCGAACACGCGACAGAGAGCAGUGAAGCACAUGUACUGGAUGCAGACGGUUAAGUUUGGACUUCCUGCCUACGAAAUCUUCCGGUACAUCCUGGUGUCUCUACGCGGCCGGCAAAAGCUGAUUACCACGUCCACAACAUCAUACGAGAUAUGUGCCAUGGUCUACGAUACCAACUUUCAACAAUUUUCGACACUGGUAUACCAAGACAUUGAUGGGGAGUAUCUUGGUUCUUCGAGGCCGGAGAAUAUUCAGAUGGCGAAUUCCGUCUUCGAGGUGCUCAGUUCAACCAUGAGAAAGCUGGAAAGGUCACGCCAGCAGCAACAAACCCAACAAGACGGGCCAAAUCCUGGUGGUGGAAAUUCGAGUCCAUCGUCGACUACGACCGUACCCGCAUCAGGGACUUCAAACGAAGGCGCCGAAGCCAACACCAAUGAUGCGCCGGUUGCAACAGAAACUCAUCAAAGGACGCAAUCCAACAUCGUUGGGACGACAGUUUCAUGGUCUUACGCCCAAGCCGACUCGAGUAAAGCCAGAACCUCGACAUCCGACCCGUGUGUGGAUGGGAAGCAGACCAUCCGGCUCCAAUCUAUGAGCGAGGUUAUCACGGUGAUGAUACCGCUCCUUUUGGCAAGCCCAAAGGUUAUCUACAUGAUGACCGAGUUUAUCGGACUUUGUGUGUACACCUCGGUGUCUGAAGAAAUUACACUCCACCCGACCACCAAAUACAAGGCCAUCUUUUGCAUGAGUACCGAAGAGUACCGCAAAUACUGGGAUGAAAAGCCCCGUUCAACAGUCUCCCAGCUCUCAGAAUCGCUGAUAGCCAGAGAUGCAGUGGUAUCGCGUAACGAUGACGGGUCAAAUGGAAUCGACACUUUCGAAGCAGAGCACUUCCACAAGUACCAACAAGACUUGCACGCUGUUACGAAUGCAAUGAAUGAUUGGAUAUUCGAGGAGAAUGGGGUGAGGGUCCGCUGCAGGUGGUAUGUCUGGACAGUGCUCAGCAUAGCGUCGAUGCUUGUCCUCGGCGGCAUCGCAAGCGGACUCACAAUUCAAGAUCGACUGAAGGGCGUGGAUCCUUUUAACAUCACCACCUUCUGCUGGGUUGUGGCGGCCUUUGUUAUUGUCAUUGCUAAAAGCCUUCGUGUGGCCAAUUGGGCGUGGCGAGACUUUCUACGCUGCAAUGUGCUCUGUCGGAGCGUCUCGGAGCUUCAUUCGGUGACGGGGAUAGACGAGCAGCUAAUCCUAGGAAGGCUACUACAAGAUGAGUCGGCAACUCGACUGCAGACGAGAGGCCCCUACAACUGCGUCUUUACCCGUCAAACGAGCAGCGCCGACGGCUUCUCCAUCGACCAUCCUAUGAGUAUCGCGACCAUGCUGCUUAGUGGCUUGAUUAUGAUUCAAGUCCAGGCCAUCUACCGCGGAGAUUUUCUCGUUUGUCUGGAUUUGCGCAAAGGAACCAAGUACCACCUCGUUCUUCAGAGCAGAAAUCCAACAGACAAGGAAGAAUACAUCUCCAGCGAUAGACUCGCUGUCGAUAAUCCCCAACAGACCAGUCGUCAACGGGUUCUUUUGCAAAAGGGAGGCGACACCCGAUGGAAUCGAGUAAUCGGAGUAUACGGUGGGCGAGACUGCUUCUUUACUUGA